ACCCCUUUCCCGCCCGCAGCCCCACGCCCCACGCCCCACGCGCGGCCCGCAGGCGAACUACACUUCCCGGCAGGACGCGGCGCGCGCACGCGCACGGGGGCCUCCGCCAUGGCGACAGUGCUGUCCAGGGCGCUCAAGCUCCCGGGGAAGAAGAGCCCAGACCUCGGGGAGUAUGACCCCCUCACCCAGGCUGACAGCGAUGAGAGCGAAGAUGAUCUCGUGCUUAACUUGCAGCAGAAGAACGGAGGGGUCAAAAAUGGGAAGAGCGCCCUGGGGGACCUGCCGGAGCCCGACUCGGAUGCCGACGUGGCUGGGGCUGGGAAGCCACAUCUUUCAGAAGUCGCCCCAGAGGGUUACCCCUCGGAACCCCUCGGGGGUCUGGAGCAGAAGGCCACCUCUUCCCUGGUGUCCUAUGUGCGCACGUCUGUCUUUCUGCUGACGCUGGUGAUCUCCAUGGUCCUGGUCCUCCUCUGCGCCUUCCUCAUCCCCUGUCCUCCCCGGGAUCUGCACAGCACCUGGAGCAGGCGCCUGGGCUCCCAAGGAGGCCCUUUUUGUUUCUUUAUGUGUACGCCAGACGGGGACCUGUCUCCCCUGGAGUUGGCUGACGUGAAUAGAGAUGGCUUGCGGGACGUGCUUCUCUCCUUUGUGACAACCAGGAAUGGGACUGAAGGAGGUGGUGGCUCACAACCGACUGCAGAUCUUGUGUGCCUUUCGGGGGUGAAUGGCAGCAUACUGUGGUCCAGUCCCCUCCCAGAGGAGGCUCAAGAUGUCACAUGCUUGGAUCUGACGCCAGGAAGCGUGGCCAAAACCAUCUGCCUCGUGACAGGGACGCGCAAGAUGCUCAGUGCAUUCAAUGCUACGUCAGGGAAAGUCAUGUGGACCCUAAACCCGAACCAUCUGUCCAAUGGCACCUUGGCUGCCCCCGUUGUGGUGCUGCCGGACCUGGACGGGGAUGGUGUCAGAGAUCUGGUGGUGCUGGCCAUUGGAGAAUUGCAGCCAGAUCUGUGUUUUCUGCUGGUUUCUGGCCGGACAGGGAGUCCCAUAGGCCGACCUGUGAAGUACAACAUCGUGGGAGUGGGGAAUCUGAUUGGUCCCCAGGUUUACAUCACCACCAGUGGGGCUGUCUACAUCCUGUUUGGCUUUGGAAAUAUACAAGCUGUCGCCCUGCGGGACAUCUUUGUUCAGGCCCAAAAUCGAGACAGCUCACCACCCUCUCUGCAGAUAGAAGAGCCAGAGUGGGAGAAGCGGAGAUCCGUCAACCUUUCUGAGCUCAUCGACGUUUACAGUGAUGGAGUUGAGCUUCUCCAGUUGGUGAAGGCUCAAGACUCCAACUGCAGCAGCCUCUUGAUUACAACCAGACAAGGCCUGGUCCUGCUUCGGGGACAAGAUCUCAUGCCACUCUGGAAACUGAACCUUCAAGGCCUGCUCAGCCAGCCCACUCCUGGGUAUUUCACCGAUGACCAGACAUUGGACUUCCUUCUGCAGACACAGGAUGGAGUUGGGAUGAAAAAGAUGACAGUGGUAGAUGGUGCCUCUGGCUCCAUCAUCUGGAGUCACACUAUCCCAUGUCACAUGAAGGAAACACCAACCACUUCUGCAAUUACUUCAGACCAGAAGUCUGUCUUCCUCUUCUGGGCAGAAGCGCUGACCACUGCAUCUCUUAAUUCUGAUGACAUUAGAGGCACUGAUGGUCUUUACCACCUUUAUCUUCUGCACCCGAGCUUCCCCUCCAUCCUCCUGGACCUGACCAAUACCACUGGCAUCGUGACAGCCUCAGAGGUUGGGAUCAACGACAUCUGGAAAGAUGCCUUUUAUGUCACCAGGACAACAGGGAUGAGCCCUGAUGGACACCCCACCUCUCUGGUGGUCAGCAAACUUAGCCUGCGCUGGGCACUCAUGGAAGGCCAGAUGGUCCAGCUGAAGGAAGCCACCCCUAAAAUUGGCCGUGGGGAGCUGCGAAGAUUUCUCUCCAGGAUCAAGUUUGUUGAUUCUCCCUACCAGAUCUAGUGCAACAGAACCCAGAUUCUGAAGAACCAUGCAGAGCGGCUCCUGUCCCUCCUGGAUCAGUUCUCUAGAGAGAUGACGACUUCGGAGUCAUGCAGCACUUGGGGACCGCUGGCUGCACUCUGGCAGCCUGUUGGAGCUGUGCGGUGCAGUGUCAUCGGCUUAGCUGGGGAUCUCACAACCUUCCCGUCCCUGCACUAACCCCUCCUCCCAGGAGCUCUGUGGACAGUUUGGAAAUGUGAAUCUUAUAGUUUUUUUUUUUUUUUGUACCUCUAAUUUAUAAACCCUUGCUGGGAAAUCCAGUGGCCUGCAAGCAGGAUAUAUGUGUUUUGCAUUAGGCCGUGUGUGUGUGUGUGUGUGUGUGUGUGUGUGUGUGUGUGUGUGUGUGUGUGUGUGUGUCCAGUGUUGUAACAUAAUUGAGAUAUGCCCCAAGCUUCAGGGAUUCCAUUUCUUUCUUGUCCUCUUGUCAUAUGAUUUGGUCAUCUUCAUGUGUCUGGAUGGCCUACCUCUGAAAUCCUGAGGGUCACUCACCACUCACCACUGUUUUCUGUCUGUCUGUACUGUGGUUCCUUCCCAAGGCUAGACAGCAGUGAGAAACACUGGACGUUAUGAUGGGGCUGGUUAUCCAGUAUAUUCAUCUUCCUGCCUCCUAGACUCUCCACCUCUGUUAGGUGGUCAUGAGAACAGACAUGUUUCUCUCUCAAAGGGAGCAAGGGACAGAGUUCCCGUGACUCCUCUGACCAGGACCUUAUGUGACCCUGUGAUGGCUCCGCGGCUAUGGUCUUUGAUUCUACAGCCAUGACAGAAGGGUUUGCAUGCACGUUGUGGUCAGCUUCGAGGUUGGAAGCCCCAUGGCCUUGUCCUGGCUGCAGCUCCACUCUGCUCUGAGUCUUCUCUGGAGUUCCUCCAUCUCCUCCUCUCUUACUUCCUCUUCUAUUCAGGGAUCUGUUUCUGGACUUUUGCUUCUUACGUCCAGUAUGCAACCACUCUGCUCUGCGUUCCUCCUUCCUCCUAGAGCCUUCGAAGCGUUAUAUUGAAAAAAUUCUUGUGCAAAUACUGUAACUUUUAUAAUCAAGUUCUUUAGAAUUAUCUGCAUUCUUCUGCAUUCUUUGUAAAUGUGUGGCCUUUAAUUUUGAAUCUUCCAAGCGUCUACAUCAUUGUCUGAUAUGCCAUGUGUUGCCAUGGCUUCCAGUGAAAACGUACUUCUCUUCCUGAGUGAAAACCAGAUUUUCUUCUCACUUGGGCUGGUAUCAUUUUAACUUGUGUUAACAAAGAGAUCCCAGAAAACUAGACUAUAGAUUUAAGGGGCUAUGAGUUGCCCACAAUAGGUGUUAUGGGUAACAGGAGGUCGGUGUACUCAGUCCAUCCUACAGAUUGGUCUCAUCAGGCUUGUUGACACCUCUGCCGUAAGACCCUGGAAGAAUAUUUGGUAGUCAUACGGGACCAGGUUGACUUUGGGAAGAGGGAACAAUGAGUUAUCUGGAGAUAACUCUAGGCUCAUUUCUAGUAGGUUGAAUUUCUAUGAGUAAAAGGGCUGAAUAGAGUUUUUAGUCUUCUCAGGACUAGAUUAGAGUAGAGCAAACUAUCAAGUAGGCGGUGGCCUGGUUGAGCCCCCAGAUACAAUGUGUUCUCUGCAGUGUUGAUAUUCUGAGAAGCCUGCCUGUGAAGGAAGGAAGGAAGGCACCAAGAUGCUUAAUGGAGACCUGUUUGGGGCUGAGACUGUUUAUGCUAGUUGAGUCUCAGAUAAGAGGAAGCCACAAAGGCAGCAUCACUAAGUCACCAGAAGUGUGAAGCUCUUCCUUCGCUAAAUGCAAUGGAGACUCUAGCCUUACUUCCUGUUGUAGAUGGUACGGAAAAGUAGCUGAGGGCUGAGGUGACUUCAUCUGACCAGUGUGAGUGCUGGCCUCCUGUCAGCUGCCUCACGCACUUCCUCCUCCUUGCAGCCGCUCACCCAGAUAUCCAAGGCAGGAACUGCUCAACACUGGACGACCCACAGAAUCAGCCCGACCACUACACUUAGAAGUAAUGCCUCUAUACAAUGCAGGGGUCUUCCCUCCCUCCUCAACCUCUCCUCUCCUUCCUUUAUAAGCCCUCCUCUGCCCCGCACGGCGUCCUCACCACCCCCAAAUACACCGUGUGGCGAUACCAACUAACCCCAGGAAUGUGAAUCGCUGUCCACAUACCUGUGUUGAGAAGGAGCCAGCGGGUCUGUUGCUAGAGCGCACCUUUUUAAAAUGUGAACUGUUACAGAACAAAUAAAUGCCGUGUACAGGAA